CACAACAAACUAGUGGUGAGAUUUGUUGUAUAGACUUGCCCAGAGGAAUUGGGUGUGCGACAUGUUGCUCUCACUACGGUUAAUGUUUGCUCGAUAUCGUAGUUUGGGAUUGUCCUUUCAGUCCGCGAGCAGCAGUGAAUUAAUGUGUGCAUGGACCACUAACUCUGCCUACAGUUUUUACUGAAGCGGGGAGCUAACUAUCUAAACAGAAAUCAACGUUUUCAAGCUGUCAGCCCUGGCGCCCCCCAGGUGAAGGAAAUCAGCUCUGAUAACUAUCCCACAUCCACACUUCAGUAGACUUCUGAUCCAAUGACCCCAAGGGAAAGGCUACACUAAUUCAUGCAACAAUGAAAGGUGGAUCUCGAAGAACAAGGAAAGGGGAACCUAAAAAGACACUAACAAAGAAAACAACAACACAGGCAGACGCCGUCUCAUUUCAAGGCACAGAGGAAUCAAAUGCUGUGCCAGGCAAUCAUGUUGCCAUUGUCAGCCAGUCCACUGCGAGUUCCUUACCAAGUACUCCAAAAAGGGGCAGGGGACGAAAGAGACGGACACAAGAAGCCCUCCUGACCUCCACACCAGUGCACAGCUCCUCCACUGACAUCCUGUCCAACAUCUCAGAGUCUCCGCAUGGAGCAAAUCAAGCGGAGCUAGAGUACACCGAAGUCAUCACACAGUUAAAGACAUCAGAGGUAGACUCGCCACGCUGCAAAUCAAAAUCACAAAGCAGAAGUAGGAGUACACACGCCUCCCAGCCGAGACAGGUUAGAAAAGGGGUGACAAAGGAGCAAACACGGACCUACAGUAAAACCAACGGUCCUCCAGCCAAGCGAUGGAGAGGCAGGACGCGGAAAGUGGAGAAGGGCACAGAGGAAUCAAAUGCUGUGCCAGGCAAUCAUGUUGCCAUUGUCAGCCAGUCCACUGCGAGUUCGUCACCAAGUACUCCAAAAAGGGGCAGGGGACGAAAGAGACGGACACAAGAAGCCCUCCUGACCUCCACACCAGUGCACAGCUCCUCCACUGACAUCCUGUCCAACAUCUCUGAGUCUUCUCAUGGAGCAAAUCAAGCGGAGCUAGAGUACACCGAAGUCAUCACACAGUUAAAGACUUCAGAGGUAGACUCGCCACACUGCAAAUCAAAAUCACAAAGCAGAAGUAGGAGUACACACGCCUCCCAGCCGAGACAGGUUAGAAAAGGGGUGACAAAGGAGCAGACACAGACCUGCAGUAAAACCAACGGUCCUCCAGCCAAGCCCCGGAGAGGCAGGACGCGGAAAGUGGAGAAGGGCACAGAGGAAUCAAAUGCUGUGCCAGGCAAUCAUGUUGCCAACGUCAGCCAGUCCACUGUCAGUUCAUCACCAAGCACUCCAAAAAGGGGCAGGGGACGAAAGAGACGGACACAAGAAGCCCUCCUGACCUCCACAGCAGUGCACAGCUCCUCCACUGACAUCCUGUCCAACAUCUCUGAGUCUCUGCAUGGAGCAAAUCAGGCAGAGCUAGAGUACACCGAAGUCAUCACACAGUUAAAGACUUCAGAGGUAGACUCGCCACGCUGCAAAUCAAAAUCACAAAGCAGAAGUAGGCGUACACACGCCUUCCAGCCAAGACAGGUUAGAAAAGGGGUGACAAAGGAGCAGACACAGACCUGCAGUAAAACCAAUGGUCCUCCAGCCAAGCGAUGGAGAGGCAGGACACGGAAAGUGGAGAAGGGCACAGAGGAAUUGAGUGCUGUGCCAGGCAAUCAUGUUGCCAACGUCAGCCAGUCCACUGUCAGUUCCUCACCAAGCACUCCAAAAAGGGGCAGGGGACGAAAGAGACGGACACAAGAAGCCCUCCUGACCUCCACACCAGUGCACAGCUCCUCCACUGACAUCCUGUCCAACAUCUCUGAGUCUCCGCAUGGAGCAAAUCAGGCAGAGCUAGAGUACACCGAAGUCAUCACACAGUUAAAGACAUCAGAGGUAGACUCACCACACUGCAAAUCAAAAUCACAAAGCAGAAGUAGGAGUACACACGCCUCCCAGCUGAGACAGGUUAGAAAAGGGGUGACAAAGGAGCAAACACAGACCUGCAGCAAAACCAACGGUCCUCCAGCCAAGCCCCGGAGAGGCAGGACGCGGAAAGUGGGGAAGGGGAAUUUACAGAAGGAUAGCACUACUCAGUCAUUUGAACGCUCUCGACCAAGAUUUGAACUGAAGACAGCUGACACAGCAGAGCAAGACGAGUCUUUGCUGUCUUCAGAUCUAUCGAUUGAGCUGAGCUGCCCUGAGGAACAGCUGCCAUCUUUGGACUUCCCAGAAGAUGAGGGAAGUGAUGAGGAGGAGGACGAGGACGAGGAGCUACCAAGUUUCUUGAUGCAGUCAGACAAAAAGCCCCCGUCCAUCACAGAGGGAGUGUUUGUCUGGCACAAAUUUAGACAUUAUCCAUUCUGGCCUGCAUUGGUAAAAAGUGUGCAUCGUAAACAGAAAAAAGCCAGCAUCAUGCUCAUUGAUGACCCAAUGAUUCACAAAAAGAAAGGGUUCACUGUGCCUCUGAAAACCCUGAAGCCAUUUGACUGUGAAGAAGCUGAUCAGCUGGUGUUAAAAGCCAAAGAAGAGUACGAUAGUGCCAUUGUGUGGUCGUUGGAUCUCAUAUCAGACUACAGAAUACGGAUCGCAUGUGGCUCAUUUUCUGGCUCCUUCCUCGAGUACUUUGCUCAUGACAUGAGCUAUCCAGUAAGGAGGACGUACCCGCAGGCAGCCUCAGAGAGACUCACCAUCACCACUGAUUUGAUGAUGGAGGCGCCGUGUGAUGAUCAUAAGGAGGACAGCUUUAGUGAGCAACAUGAGGAGGUCAGCAGAAGUUCAAAGAGGCUACUGCCAGACCGGAGUCAUGCCGCCCACAACCGUGCCAAUGAGAAGCUCGUACAUUUCAUAGUAAAGCAGCGCAUGGUGGAAGGACGCCUUCUGGCUGUGAUCCGUGGGCAGCAGCAGUCCAGAUGGCUUUGCUCCUUCCUGAGUUCCCGACGGAGGCGGGUGGUGAACAUAUACCUGGAAGAUGACCAGCAGUUGGACCAGGUCUACUGGUACCUGAGUGAGCUCUACGCUACGGCUGUGGCCACUGCCCCCUGCCUGGCUGAGAUGAAAUCUAUAGAGCGUGUCCCCUUUGUCCUGGAUGUGCUUCUCCCUGAGGCCAUUAUCUACGCCAUAGCUGGGGUGGACAACGUCUCGGUAAAAAAGGCAGAGGAAAAGUACCUUAAAGGUCGAUGUAUAAGUCACAGGGAGAGACAGGAGUUUGACUUGAUGAUUGAGCGGCAGAUAAGGAAAAAGUCACAGCAUCAAAACACUUCACUUGUGAUCGUCUCUGACCCCAUCAGUUAGAAGACUGAGUAUUGUAAAACAAUACAGUAUUUUUGUAUAUUUUUUAUGUCUUUUUUUUUCUACAAAUGUAGCAGUAUUUGCUUGCCUUACAAUCACUGAUAAAUGGUCUUAAAAUAA